AUGUUGUGUCCGCUGUACGCACGCAACUUUACAAGAGCCCUGGUGGAUGCCGACGGAGCUGCCGACCCGCCUGCGCCCGCCUUCAGACGGCUCGUGUCGCUGAGGCGGGACCGCAAGCGGCGCGAGGACAAGGAGAAUGACGCCGGCCCCGGCGAGAAGCGGCGCCGUCGCUGGGGCACGCAGCUCUCCGACGAGAAGAAGGUGGUCAGCAUCUCGACCGACUCGCUCAAGGACCUGGUGCCGGACGUGAAGCCGCUGCCGGCGGACGACGUACGGCUGGAGCCGGACUCGUCGGAGGGCGAGGUGGACUCUGAGCCGGCGCCGGGGGCCGAGCGGGGCAGUCCGGCGCCGGGCCCGGCGCCGCCGCCCCUUAUCAAGCGCACCGUCACGCAGGAUGUGCGCGGCGGUGGAGGCGGCCGCGCGGAGCCGGCGCGGCGGCCGCGCAUGGAGCGCCAGCCGUCGCCGGCCCGGCACAAGGCCUCCAGCGUCGUCCUCAUCCGAAACCUGGUGCGGCCCUUCACCGUCAAUCAGCUCAAGGAGCUGCUGGCCAGGACAGGCAAGAUCACAGACUUCUGGAUCGACAACAUCAAGUCCAAGUGCUAUUGCCAGUACGAGACGGAGGCACAGUCGGUGGAGACCCGGACGGCGCUGCACGGCGUGCGCUGGCCGCCGUCCAACCCCAAGAAGCUGCUCGUCGACUACUCUACCGCCGACGAGUUGGACUUCCACAAGGCGCUAACCGAGCAGAUCCCGCGCAAGACCGAGCCGCUCAAGGUCGACCCGUACUUCGCCACGCGCCAGCAGGAGGAGCAGCGCGCUGAGACGGCGCGCGAGAAGCGGCGGGAGGUGGUGCGGGAGUGGGACCGCGUCAAGAUCGGCGAGACCAGUCCCGGCGAGAAGGAGCGCGAGCGCGAGCAGCGGCGCCGCGAGCGCGAGGAGGAGGCCGAGCGCAAGAGGAGGCGGAGCAGAAGCGCCGACAAGGAGAAGGAAGAGAAAAAGGAGAAGCGGCAGAAGGAGGAGGCGCCGGCCAAGCUGCUGGACGACCUGUUCCGCAAGACCAAGGCGACGCCGUGCAUCUACUGGCUGCCGCUGACGGCCGAGCAGAUUGCCGACAAGGAGCGCCAGCGCCGGCUGCGCAUGGCCGAACGCCAGAAGCGGCUGGACGCCAUCCAGGCGGCGUCGGCGGCGUCGGCCCCGCGCCGCAGCCGCAGCCGCAGCCGGUCCGGCUCGCGCGAGCGGCGCCGCCGCUAGCCGCAGGCCGGACGGGUCUGCCGUGGACCGUCUGAGCACGCGGCCCAGGAUCGACCGGCGCGACGCCCGAUAGGAGGCCCCAGCACGCCAGUCGCCGCCCACCGCACUGUAAUUCCUGGUUCAUUUUAUUAGUCUAGCCUCCGCGCCUAAGCACGUGCGCGCGUGAGUGUGUGCGUGUGUGUGUUCAGACGAUCGUUCCCGAGCAGGUGAGUACGUCUUAGUUUGACGCCGUUCGCCGCCGGCCGCCGGCUCGGCGGGCGCCUGACCGUGAACCAUUUUCAGGGCCGGACGGCGGCGCGAUGCAGGUGAGUCUCCGCUGAAUGACCGCUGAUGUCCCGUUCUCCGCCAGUAGGUGGCGGCCUAGCGGGGUGAGAGCGGCCCGGGCGAGAGCGGCCAGUGCGCGCGCGUGACAUGUUGUGGCCGGCGGGCGGUUGUGGCGACGCGCGGAGCGAGAGGACAGGGGCGCGGCCGGCCGCGGAUGGCCACGGCGGCCCGGCCGCGCCUGGCCGGGCCGCCGCCGGUGGCCGGCCGGCCGCGCCGGACACGACGCCUGCGGGCGCGAGCAGCGCAGAGUGACCGCCGCGAGGCCGGAGCCGGAGCCCGACGGCGGCGCCUCGCCUCUGCCGCGGCGCCGUCGACGUCCAGCCGCCAAGGACGGCGGCGUCGCGCCCUCCUUCGAAGCGGUGCUGCACCGCGGCCUCCCCGGACGGGGACGCCGCAUCCAGCAAGACUCGCCAGCACCAAUCGUCCCGUGGUCGAUCUAUUUACAUGGAAAUAAACGUCAUAGUUCAACGACAAUACAUUGUCCGUACACGG